CGCAGGAUUCAACCCAUAAAUCCUUCCCGAAAAAAACAUUUAACAUUUAUUCUUCUUCGAAGCCACCGCACAACUCAUCCUGCCCUGAUUGUCUCCUUGUUCAAGGGUCCAUAAAGAGAAACAACCAUGUCUGAAGGACCUAAAAAAUCAAAGUAUACUGCCACAAGGCGGCUGGCCUUAAAAACCAAAUUAAUGCAGAAGGCCACAUCUAUGCUGGCAGCUGAAAAAGAGCAGAAUAAAAGAGAAAGAGAGGAUGCUCUUACUGAGAGGGUUCCUCCUCUCAAACUAUCUGGUCUGUCUGCACAGGAGCUCCAGGAACUUUGCAAAGAGCUUUCCCGCAAGAUUGAUGUCGUUGACGACGCCCGAUAUGAUCUUGAAAUAAAAGUGGCUAAAAAUGAAAAAGAGAUCCAGUCCUUGACCCAGAAGAUUUGGGAAAUGAAGGGUUCAAAGCAACGAACCAAACUGAAGAGGGUUAAGAAGUCACAUGAUGCCAUGUUUGGUGCUCUGACUGAAUCCAAAAUGGCAUCAAAGGCAGAUUUCAAGGCCAACCUAAAGACAGUAAAGAAAGAAGAAGAAAAGAAAGAAGAGGUGACUGACUGGCGUAAGAAUGUGGAAGCCAUGGCUGGAAUGGAGGGCAGGAAGAAGCUGUUUAAUGCUGCACAAUAAAAAAAAAAAGACUGAUGUGUGCCAACGCAGGGAAACACACGUUUUGAAGAAAGAAAAAAUCAAACCAAAUACAAAUUUGAUUUAUUAUGACUAAUAAUGUCAAUCAAUCACACACAGACACACACACACACACUGUUUAUAAUGUUCAUAGUUUAAGUGUUUUGUAGGUGAUCUUAGCUCUUAAUGUGUCUUUACCAGUCUCUGUGUUUUGCUGCAAUUUGUGGACAUUCUGUACAAAUGUGUUUACAUUCGAAACUAAAUAUGAUAUUUUGUGUAUGAUAUGCUAAAUGCAUCAUAAAUAUAAUCAGACUGGAAAUUAAUUGUAUGCAACGUUAAUUAGUGCUGUUCAGGAAUAAAAGAUGUCAGAUGUUGUAACACUUUCUACAUUACUGAAAGUAAAAAUUGCAAUGUAAUGGCAUUCCGAAAUUAAAUGACCCCAUGCAACAAA